AUGAAUGAUAUUACUUUAAAAAAUAAUAAUUUAUUAGUAAUAUCAUUACUAUAUUUAAAAGAUUAUUUAAAAGAGAAUGAUCUUUAUGUAAUUUUAUCAUUAAAUAAAUCCUAUUAUAAUAGUUUCAAAAAUAUAUAUAAUAAUAACAACUACUAUAAUAACGGAGAUAGCUUUUAUAAAUCACUCUAUAACAACUAUUUAAAUUUAUAUUUAAAAAUUUUUAAAUCAUUAUCAAUUAAAACUAUAAAUAAUAAUAACUGGUGGGAAAUAGUGGUAUCAUCCAAUAACAAUAGUAGUAAUAAACAAAUACAAUCAAUAAAAGAAAAUUUUGAACAGUUUACACUUUUAAAAUCAAAUUUCAACACAAUAACAGAAAAAUAUAAUUUUCUAUUACAAUGCAAAUUCAAUUUACACCGUUAUUUAGAUAAUAAUGAAAGUUAUAUAUCAAUAGUAAGAAAUGAAAAGAUAUCAACUUUAGAAAGAGUAAUUUGUUUUUCAAUAAUAUUUCAACAAGAUCAAUUUUUAUAUUUCCUAAUAAAGAUAAUUGUAACCAUAUAUAAUAUAAAUGUAAAUAGUAAUAAUAAUAAUAAUAGCAAUAACUUUAAUAAUAACAAUAAUAUCAACACCAAUAAUUUAAACAGUAGUACAUCAAAUAGAAUAUCCAUCAAUCAAAAUAAUUUAUUAUUAUUACAGUUUAAUCAAUCAUUACCAACCUUAAAUGAAUUUUUAGUAUUAAAUAAAUGUAUAGAAUUUAAAUCAUUAAACUGGCUCAACAACCUAAAGAUCUAUCCAAUUUAUUUUACAAUUGCUAAAGGAAAUGUGAAUUUAUUGAAGUUUCUUUUAAAUAUUUUGAAUGGGAUUUACAGUAAUAUCAAUACUCUUAAACUACCCAACACCAAUAGAUCACCUCUAUUUUAUGCCACCACUAGAGAAAUGACAUUACUUUUAUUGCAACUGGGCUGUAAAAUCAACGAUGUAGAUUACAAAGGUAUGCUUCCAAUCCACUUUCACUCAUUAAAUGGCCAUAUAGAUGUAGUCAAGUGUCUCAUUGACGAUUCAACCAUCAAUGCUCAAGACUCAACACAAAACACUCCUUUACAUUUAUCUGCAUUAUGUGGUCAUUUAAGUUUAAUUAAAACACUUUUAAGCAACGGUGCUAGAAUCAACAUCGAAAACUCGCAAGGUCGUCUUCCAAUACAUAAUGCUUGUAUGAAUGCAGGUGGAAAUAGUGAAUUGAUAAAAUUUUUUAUUGACUUAUAUUCCAAAAUGACUGUUAGAACUGGCUUAAAAACUUCUGGCGGCUCUUUAAAUCAAGUUACUAUUUUAAUACCAGAUAAAGAAAAAAAUACACCUAUGGAUUUAUUAGUUUUAAACAAUCAUUUUUCAAACGCUAUAGAAUUAUUAAAAUAUGAAGGAUAUAUUUUAAAUAAAAAUGAAUUUAAUUUAAAAAAUGCAAGAAAAAUUGGAUCUGGUGCAUUUGGUGAUGUUUAUUUAUUAGAAUGGAGAAACAAGAAUGUUGCAAUUAAAAGAGUAAAAAUUGAAAAAAUUUUAGAAUCUGGUAAAACUUUUAAUUGGGUUAGAGAUAAAUUUAUUUUAGAAGUUGUAUUAAUGGUCAAACUAUCAAGCUUUUCAAAUUUUGUAAAACUAUAUGGUACUUGUAUCGAAGAUGAUGAAUUAUUAUUAAUAUUAGAAUAUUGCGAUAAUAGUAGUUUAUUUAAUAUUCUAAACACUAUUGGAAAUGAAAAUGUUGUACAAUCACUACCAGCAAUCAAUACACUAUCACUAAAUAUUGCAAAUGGAAUGAAUUAUUUACACAGUUUAAAACCACAAAUUAUUCACAGAGAUUUAACAAGCCAAAAUAUUUUAAUUGAUAAAAACGGCGUUGCAAAGAUUGCAGAUUUAGGUAUUUCCAGGUUCAAAAAUGAAUUGGGCGAUAAAACAAUGACUUCAAUUGGUAAUCCACGUUGGAGAGCUCCCGAGGUAACAAAAGGCCAAAAGUAUAGCGAAAAAGUCGAUGUCUUUGGAUUUGGUAUGAUUUUAUACGAGAUGUUUACUAGAAGAGUACCAUUCCACGAACACGAACAAGUUCAGGCUUCAUUUAAAAUUGCAAGUGGCGAACGUCCUACACUUCCUUCCUCUGUAGAUUCAAGAUGGAUCAAUCUAAUUCAGCUAUGUUGGGAUCAAAAUCCAAACAACAGACCUUCAUUCGCACAAAUUCUAGAUAUUAUCCAAAACUUACCAAUCGCUUUUAUUCCAAAGGUUUUAAAUUCUAUAGCCCAACCUACACUUGUUAAUCAAAAUAACGCUGUUUCUGCCAAGUUGUCAUUAUCUACAAGCGGUACUCUCUUUGGUGGUGAUUCUGACUAUACUGUUGGAACCUAUUCAAUCGGUUCUUAUGAUGUUGGUUAUGAUAACGAUGGUGAUAACUAUAGUGAAUCAAGUAAUAUAAAUAAUAGUAACAGUAAUAGCAAUAGCAAUAGCAAUAAUUUAAAUAAUAGUAGUAAUUAUGAUGAAAUGGAAGAAUAAUUAUAAAUAAUAACAAUACCAAUAACAGUAAUAACAAUAAUAAAAUUUUGUGUUAUAUUUAAUAUUACUCAGCAUGCUAGAUAAUAUUUAUAAAUUUU